AUGUGUAAACUCGCUUUCACAACACCCACGUUCAUUCAAGAUCUCACCAAGGACCAACUUCUCCAGUUGGUAGAGGCACAGAGCAAGGAGUUGACACUGAUGGAGACUCAAAAAGAUGAAGCCAUCAAGCGGGCCAAAUUGCUGAAACAUGAGCUCGGGCAAUCUGGAAAUGUGGGAAUUGUAGAAUUCUACAGACGCGCUGUAAUGUUUAUGGAAAAUCAACUGAUUGAAAAAGAUGCAGUGAUUGAAAAAAAUAAUCAUGUUAUAGCUAUCAAUGGAGCAAAAAUCGAGGACAAUAAGAAGAGGAUUCAAGAAGAAAUGUGGAAGAAGGUGAAGGUAUUGGAAGAUGCUUUUGAUGAAAAAGUUGAAGAGAAUAAUGAGGUCAUCAAAAACCAGAAGGAAAGUAUCGACAAGAUGCGCAUUUCGAGAACAGAAACAUCAGAGGAGCACAAGGAAUUGGUCAAGAAGAUCAAUCAAAAAAUGAAAGAUACGGAGACAGCUUGUAGAAGAUAUGAGGCCAACACGACGCAUCUAACUGCUGAACUCCAUCAGACCAAAGAAACUCUUCAACUUGUGGAGAAAUCUCUGAAAAUGCAGACAAACUGGAUUGACACUUUCCUAUUCGAACAUUCUAAAAUGAUUAGUGAAGUAUGGGUGACUAAUCAGAAGAUGGCAGUGCAAUCGAAACAAUCUGAAGAUCAGCUGGAAGUCUUGAAAAAGAAGAAAGACGUUUUGAAAGCUAAGCAGGCUGCGCAAGAGUUGGAAUUGGAGAAUUUGAGACUGAGACUGAGAGACGUGGAAAGUCUCGGAGAACUUUUCUAA